AUGGUAGACGGCAACAUGAGAGGAACAAUAAAUGAUUUUUUUGGUGGAAAACCUCCAGCUUUUAUUUACGAAGAUAACCAAUGUAUGGUGUUCGAAGAAGAAUUUUCACCGCAAGCGCCGAUCCAUUUCCUCGUAGUGCCCAAAAAUAUAAUUACACAUUUUAGUGUCGCGACUGGUAAUGAAAAAAAACUUAUUGGACAUUUAUUAAUCGUCGCCAGAAAGGUUGCAGUUGACAAAGGAUUGGAUAAGAAUGGCUUUCAUGUGGUGGUGGAUGAAGAUAUCAAGACUUCAAGAUUUAAAUGUUUGCAUGUAUUUGGUAGAUCUCUGCAACAUAUGAUGUGGCCGACGGGGCCUGGAAGUCGACUU